AUGUUUUCUGGGUAUAGUGGAGGAAUUCAUUUCAAAGUUUCCAACACCGAAGCUACAUGUGGUUGUCGCACGUGGAGCUAUUCCCGCAACGCCUACACCCAGAUCGCCGUCUCCAGUAUGGGUAUCGCCUCCUACUUUUGCAACACCGCCUCCUGCUACAAUCAUCGAGUUGUCGUCGCCUGCCGCAGCCACCGAAAGCGCAAUCCGUCCAAACACUCGAAGGGGAAGCGCAGCAAGGGGCCAGAAGCGGGCUCGGCCGCAGGCUGA